AUGGGUAAAGCUCAGAGUAAAUUGAGCCCCGAGCAACUGCACGACCUUCAGAAAUGCACUUACUUUGAUAAGAAGGAGCUGCAACAAUGGUACAAAGGCUUCUUGAAAGACUGUCCGUCGGGCCAACUGGACAAGACCGAGUUCCAAAAGAUCUACAAGCAGUUUUUCCCGUUCGGUGACCCUUCGCGGUUUGCCGACUAUGUGUUCAAUGUAUUUGACGGCGACAAGAACGGGACGAUUGAUUUCAAAGAGUUUAUAUGUGCAUUGUCUAUAACCAGUCGAGGAAGAGUUGAUGAAAAGCUAUUGUGGGCAUUUCAGCUCUACGAUAUCGAUAAUGACGGAUACAUAUCACAAGGCGAAAUGUUACAUAUUGUCGAUGCUAUCUACAAGAUGGUCGGCAGCAUGGUAAAGCUGCCAGCGGAUGAAGACACGCCGGAAAAGAGAGUCAGCAAGAUUUUCGACAUGAUGGAUCAGGAUCGGGAUGGCCGUUUAACGAUGGAGGAAUUUAGAGAAGGAUCGAAAAAGGACCCUACCAUUGUCCAAGCACUGAACUUGUACGAUGGUCUAGUCUAGCCAUCUCUCUCUUUCUCUCUCAUUCUUUAUUCGCCCCCACACCCUCUUAUCUUGUCCACCUAAACACUACGUUACUAUCCCAUCUCAUCGUCCCACACACUUUUUUUUUCUUUCGUCAAAGAGAAACAACAUUACAUAUCCAUCUUGCUGCUGCUGCUGCUGCUGCUGCUGUAUACGCGCACCCACGUUGCAAGUCAAGACAACCCAUUUAAACAUGAUAUAAAAUAUACAACCAUGAUACGUUCUGUAAAGUUGUCUCUU